AAAUAUAAAUAUAAAAAAUAGAAUACCCGACUUCAGGUAAAAUAGUUAAUCCGAGUCCUAGAGAAAGCCGACCAUAGUUGGCAGGGCAACUUGUGGGAGAACCCAAGUAGCCGAAUUUCUCAUCAAAGAUAGAAUAACGUGAUUGUUAUUGUCUCUCUCAGACGUUGCUCUUCUUCAGUUUUUCCUCUCAGGCUUUCCAAUCAAACAAAGCUGCUCAUAUGGUUGAUCCAGACUUCGAGCUGCCGUCCUCUUUCGACCCUUUCACCGACCCCGACGUAGCCGACGACACUGUAUCUUUCAGCCGCCCAGGCAAGGGGCAAGUCCACAUCCGGGUCCAGCAAAUGAGAGGGAAGAAGUUCUUGACGACGGUCCAGGGGCUGAACGAGGACGUGGGCUACGACAUUGUCCUCAAGAAGGAGCUUUGCUGCAAUAGCAAUGUGGUUCAAGACAAAGAGCUGGGCAAGAUAAUUCAGCUCCAGGGUGAUCAGCGCAAGAACGUCUCUCGGUACCUUGUCAAGGCUGAGCUUGUCCAGAAAGAUAAUAUCUUGAUUCAUGGUUUUUGAACCAUAUUCAUCAUCUUGUUAUGCAAAUUAGUUUCUCUAUUAUUACGUUUUGUCUUAGCAAUGUCUUG